AACAAAGAAAGUAAAAUUAUCUGAGACACAGAAAUCCAGUACCUCUUCACUUCUUCUAUUCCGGAUAGGAAAAUCCUCAUCUCCAUCUCAUUAUUCUCAUCUAAAACAAAUCUAAUCUAAACUCCUCCGAUGACAACAGGUGUGGCAGUAAUGUCAUCAGCAACAGCAGCAUCAACCGCAACCGCAACGGCGGCGGCGACGGCGAGAAUACCACUCUUCCUAAGCCGCAACAACUCAUCGGCCACCGUCUGCAGCACCCUGAGGUGCAGAACAAUAACACGAACAAGAACCAGAGCCAGACUAGCAAUAUGCUGUGAAGUAGCUUUGAAAUCCGAUUCUUCAACCGGGUUCGAUUCAUCAUCAUCAUCACCUCCAGAAGAAGACGAGGAAUUGAAGAAGAAUCUGGAGAAAGUUGGAUGCAAGGUUAAGGUGAAAUCCCCUCUUAAAGUCUACCAUGUUCCUAAAUUACCUGAAGUUGAAUUAACCCCAGAUAUGGUUGGGGUUAUUAAGCAGUAUGUUGGAUUCUGGAAAGGGAAAUACAUUUCCCCUAAUUAUCCUUUCAAAGUUGAGUACCGCAUCGAUGUCCCUGACCGUGGUUCUGUCAAAUUAGUUGUUCAUCUUAAAGAAGAAGAAUUCGAAAUCAUAGCAGAGUAGAAGUCUAAUUAUUUUCUAUUUUUAUUGGUAUUGAUUAUGUAUAUUGUCUUUCUUCUUCCUUGUUGUCUAUACAUUACUACUGAUUACUAUGGCAGAUUGGCAGGAUGUAUCAUAAUUGGCCUUUGUCCAACCCUUAACUUGUUCUCUUAAUCAUGUUUUCUUUUGAUUACC